AUGGGUCAAAUUCUUUCUAAUCCUGUUGUUGAAAAGGAACAUCAUUCCGGAUUUGAUUCAUUCACAUCUUUUGGUCUCUGUGCAAUGCAGGGCUGGCGUAUGUCUAUGGAAGAUUCUCAUGUUGUAGAAUUAAAUGUUAUGGAAGAUGAUGAUAAGGAUCAUAUCGCAUAUUACUGUGUGUUUGACGGUCAUGGUGGAUCCACUGUGGCACAAUAUUGUGGAUUCAAUGCGGCAAAUGUAUUAAAAAGACAAACUUCUUUCCAAAAUGGUAAUUUCCGCCAAGCUUUAAUCGAUACUUUCUUAGCGAUUGAUGAAGAUUUAUUGGAUAACCAUUCUUUUAAAAAUGAUCACAGUGGUUGUACAGCUACCUCGCUUUUGAUUUCAAAAUUAAAUAAGGUUUUAUUAUGUGGUAAUUCUGGUGAUUCCAGAACUGUUUUGUCCACUAGUGGUUAUGCUAAAGCUUUAUCUUUUGAUCAUAAACCAACAUUAGCAAGUGAAAACUCAAGAAUUGUAGCUGCUGAUGGAUUCGUGGAAAUGGACCGUGUCAAUGGUAAUUUAGCUCUGUCAAGAGCUCUGGGGGACUUUGAAUUUAAAUCAAAUAAGAAAUUAUCUCCUUAUGAACAGGUAGUUACAUGCAUCCCAGACGUUAUCCAACACACAUUAAAUUAUGAGGAUGAUGAAUUUGUUAUUUUAGCUUGUGACGGUAUCUGGGAUUGUUUAUCCUCACAAGAGUGUGUAGAAUUAAUUCAUUAUGGUAUUUCAUUAGGAAACAUGUCUCUAAAUGACAUCUCUUCGAAAAUAAUUGAUGUAUGUUGUGCUCCUUCUACUGACGGACCUGGAAUUGGUUGUGAUAAUAUGAGUAUAGUAAUUGUAGCAUUAUUGAAGGAUGAAGAAACAACCGAACAAUGGUUUGAAAGAAUGAGAGAAAAAAAAUACAGUAACUUUAUUUCUUUCGAAGAAAGAAGGAGAAGGGUUUUCCAGUAUUUUAAAUUUCCAGAAGGAGACAAUGACUCCCUUUUUGAUAUCACAACAAAAAAAAACCAUAAUCAUUUAAAUCAUGGUCUUACAAUCGACGAUAGUAUGGAAAUAGAUGACACCGAUGAUGAUGCCGAUAAACAUGUUAGAACUCAAGGUGGAUCUGUUGAUCUGUUUUCACUUGAAGCAUUGUUAGAUUCAAGCGGUAUUAGAAUUUCUCAAGAUGGCAACAAUACUUCAUACAUUCAUGGUGCUGCAUUAACUGAAAUGUUAGCUUCAUUGAGUGGAGCUACAGCCAAUGAACUACGCAGACAAGAUAGAAUAGAUGAGUAUGAAGAAGAUGAUAUAGAAGAUGAAGAUAAUGAAAACAAUAUUAAAAAUGAAGACGAUAGCGAUGAUUAA